AUGGAUAGAUCUGAUCAGAGCAGUGGGUCCCUGUAUUACAAAAUGCCUUCCCAGCAAGCAACAGAGGCCUUGUUGAAUUAUCUCCAGAAGGAGGAGAUCGCUGUAAAAAUUUUUGAAUCUCUGCUUGAAAUUCACGAGCAAAGCGUGGCGAUGAACGACGAACGUCUGAAUCCGGCAAUCAUUAUCACAUGGAAUAAACUGAUUCCCUCCGGUGCAUUCGAUGAAUCAAUCGUCUCGCAAGCCAAGUGUCCUUAUGGAAUCCGUUUGUGCGCAGCUUUAAAAUCCUCUCUAACGGGGAAGAAAAUUGUUCCCGUCCCGAAAAUCGUUGCCGGGGUCGAACUGUGGUGUUGC